GUUUUGAAGGAUUUCGGCUUCAAAUCAGGGGCACUGCAGUGAGUGUGACCCGCUUACAGGAUGCAGUGAGGAUGAGGAGAAGAAGGGGGCACCUUAUGAUCAGUGCAGAGAGAGAGAGAGAGAGAGAGAAGGAGGGAGAGGAGGAGAGGGAGACAGAGUCAGUCGCACAGUGUUUGGCUGCUUCACAGGAGACAGACCCGCUAUGUCCCGACAUGCCUGCUGCAGGGUGAUGCCAAUGAAGGAGAAGCAGCCGAUUUAAUUCCAACUUCAUCCGUAAGUGGAUUGAUGGACCUCCAUUAUGGCCAAGUGGACAUGAUUCUCCAUUCAGCACCUGUGACACAAUGUCGAAUAUGAUUUACCUGACUGCCAUAAGCACUUUGUACCUGCCUGUUUUACUGUUUGAGGCACUUGCGUUGUCUAACGGCAAGUAUGUGAGGUCAGUGGUGCCCAGUUCUGCCUCUCGCCUGGUCGCCAGGAUGGACGGGGAUAUUAUAAUCGGUGCCCUCUUCUCUGUUCACCACCAACCGUCAGCCGAGAAGGUGGCAGAGAGGAAAUGUGGAGAAGUCCGUGAGCAGUACGGCAUCCAAAGAGUGGAGGCCAUGUUCCACGCCUUGGAUCGGAUUAACUCAGACCCAAACCUGUUGCCCAACAUCUCCCUGGGGUGUGAGAUCAGGGACUCCUGCUGGCAUUCCUCGGUGGCUCUGGAGCAGAGCAUCGAGUUCAUACGAGACUCUCUCAUCUCCAUCCGGGACGAGAGUGAGGGCUCCAGGUGGUGCAUCGAGGGGCAACCCUCCAGUCAGCCGCCACCAACCAAGAAGCCCAUCGCAGGGGUCAUCGGGCCUGGCUCGAGCUCGGUUGCGAUUCAAGUUCAAAACCUCCUGCAGCUGUUCAACAUCCCGCAGAUUGCCUACUCUGCAACCAGCAUUGACCUCAGUGAUAAGACAUUAUUUAAGUACUUCCUCAGGGUUGUGCCGUCAGACACUCUUCAGGCCAGGGCCCUCUUGGACAUCGUAAAACGAUACAACUGGACCUAUGUGUCUGCAGUGCACACAGAGGGUAACUACGGGGAGAGUGGGAUGGAAGUGUUCAAGGAGCUCGCCUCACAGGACGGCCUGUGCAUCGCCCACUCUGACAAGAUCUACAGCAACGCUGGGGAGAAGCACUUUGACAGGCUGCUUAGGAAGCUCCGAGAGCGUCUGCCCAAGGCCCGGGUUGUUGUCUGCUUCUGUGAAGGCAUGACGGUCCGAGGGCUGCUGAUGGCCAUGAGACGGCUCGGGGUAGCCGGAGAGUUCCUCCUAAUUGGCAGCGAUGGCUGGGCAGACCGAGUCGAGGUGGUGGAGGGAUACGAACAGGAGGCUGUGGGCGGCCUCACUGUGAAGCUGCAGUCCGAAGAGGUCUCCUCCUUCGAUGACUACUUCCUGAAGCUCAGGCUCAGCACCAACACGCGCAACCCGUGGUUCCCGGAGUUCUGGCAGUACCGCUUUCAGUGCCGGAUUCCCGGACACCCUCAAGAGAACUUGAACUAUGCACGAAACUGCUCAGAGGAUGAUGAACUAGAACUCCAAGACGGUUAUGAAAAUCUGGAGGACAACUACGUCCAAGACAGCAAGAUGGGCUUCGUCAUCAACGCCAUCUAUGCCAUGGCCCACGGGCUGCAUGACAUGCACACCCACCUCUGCCCCGGUCACGUGGGGCUCUGUGAAAACAUGAAGCCCGUCGAUGGCAGCCACUUGCUGGACUUUCUUCUCAAGACGACGUUCACAGGCGUUUCUGGGGAGGACAUAUGGUUUGACGAGAACGGCGACUCACCUGGGAGGUAUGAGAUUAUGAACUUCCAGCACGUGGAGCCCGGCGUUUACGACUACAUCAACAUCGGCUCCUGGCAUGAGGGCAUACUCAGCCUGGACGAGGAAAUGAUUCAGAUGAAUCGCAGCGACAUGGUCCGCUCCGUCUGCAGCGAGCCCUGCUCCAAAGGAGAGAUCAAGGUGAUCAGGAAGGGAGAAGUGAGCUGCUGCUGGAUCUGCACUGCCUGUAAGGACAACGAGUACGUCCAGGAUGAGUUCACAUGUAAGGCCUGUGAUCUGGGCUGGUGGCCUGACGAAGAACUGGAAGGCUGCGAGCCAAUCCCCCUGCGCUACCUAGAGUGGAGCAACCCAGAGUCCAUUAUCCAGGUGGUGUUCUCCUGCCUGGGCAUCCUGGUCACGUCAUUCGUUGCCUUCAUCUUUGUCUUAUAUCGCGACACGCCUGUGGUCAAAUCUUCGAGCCGGGAGCUCUGCUACAUCAUCCUCGCAGGGAUCUUCCUGGGAUAUCUGUGUCCUUUCACCCUCAUCGCCCGACCCACCGUGGCCUCCUGCUACCUCCAGAGGCUCCUUGUCGGACUCUCAGCCGCCAUGUGCUACUCCGCCCUGGUGACCAAAACCAACCGCAUUGCCCGCAUCCUGGCGGGUAGCAAGAAGAAGAUUUGCACCAGGAAACCAAGGUUCAUGAGCGCUUGGGCUCAGGUGGUCAUUGCCUCCAUCCUGAUCAGUGUCCAGCUCACCUUGGAGGUUACCCUCAUCAUCAUGGAGCCUCCUGAACCCAUCAAAUCCUACCCCAGCAUCCGAGAAGUCUUCCUCAUCUGCAACACCAGCAACGUGGGUGUCGUGGCCCCUCUAGGCUACAAUGGCUUGCUCAUCAUGAGCUGCACUUACUACGCCUUCAAGACCCGCAACGUUCCCGCAAAUUUCAACGAAGCCAAAUACAUCGCCUUCACCAUGUACACCACGUGUAUAAUCUGGCUGGCGUUCGUGCCAAUCUACUUUGGCAGCAACUACAAGAUCAUCACCACGUCCUUCUCCGUAAGCCUCAGUGUGACUGUAGCCUUGGGCUGUAUGUUCACACCAAAGAUGUACAUCAUCAUCGCCAAGCCAGAGCGAAACGUGCGCAGCGCGUUCACCACCUCUGAUGCCGUGCGCAUGCACGUCGGCGACGGGAAAAUUGCCUGCCGAAGCAACAGCCUGCUCAACAUGUUCAAGAGGAAGAAGAACACUGGAAACGGCAGUUCUAAUGGAAAGUCUGUGUCAUGGUCUGAACCAGGUGCAAGACAUCCUCCAAAAGGGGAUCACAUGUGGCACAGACUGUCAGUGCAUGUGAAGAGACAGGAAGCAGGUUCCAAUCAGAUGGCUGUCAUCAAACCCUUAACUAAUACCUACCAAAACAGAGCCCUGGAAUUCUCAGACCUCAGCACUAAGACUUUGUACAAUGUGGCUGAGGAGGACGAAAGCGAUCCUGUCAGAUACAAUCCCCCCGUCACUCCCCCCAUGAUGGCCCACGGGCAAAUUCCUGCCUGUGGGCUGAUAAAAGACGUGGACGAGGAGGUGGAUGCUUAUACCCCUGAGCACCUGCAGCCAAAUAGCAUCAUCCCCCAACACAUCAUCAUGGACCACGUCAAGGGGGACAUGGUGGUGACACGUAAAUUCAGCAGUGACGUCCCCGAGCUUAAAGAUAUGAUCAGCAUGCCCGAGGCCGUGAGCGGCGGCAUGCCCGUGUAUCACCAGGCCCACCUCAUCCAGCAGGACCCCGUCCUGCCCGCGCACCUCGACCCGUUCGACGAGGAGCCCACCUCCCCUUUAGAUGAGGAGGAGAUGGAGGAGAACGAGCAGUUUGGCCUUCUUCAUGGCUACAUGUACAACAACGCCCAGAUUCAUGACGAGGAGGACUUGGUCGAGGUCAAAUUAGCCAUGGAGGACUCUCUGGCUCUGAUGCCUCCCUCCCCUUUCCGCGAUUGCUCCGGCACUCCAGUGAGCCCCUUCCCCAAUUCGCCGGUGUCCGAGUCGAUUUUGUGCAGCCCUCCUAACGUGACAUACGCCUCCGUCAUUCUCAGAGACUUCAAGCAAAGCUCCUCGACUCUGUGAAGGGAGCACGCUGAAUAUUACCAGUUGUACUAUAUUUUAAAAUUCACCAUGACUUGUGCUGUGUAUGAUGAUAUAUAAGGAAAAAGUCAUUCUGUGGUCUGACAGGUCAUUUUUUUCACUCUCUAGCUUUUACAUGAUAAGGGUGAACGACGAAGGCGGCACAUUUUAAAAAAUCCUUUUAGAUGUUGUCUAUCAUAGUGAAAGAACUCGCCUCUUACAAACAUAUAUUUAUAUGCUAACAUAAGCUUUUAGGAUAAAAAAUAGGAUUUUGUGCUUAUGAGACAAA